AUGGCUUUGCAAUCCGUUUCGGUCCGUCCCCAGAAGGAGGAUGUUGUCAACGAGCUCGAAACAUUCAUCGAGUCCCUCAUCAACCAGACUGUCCCUUGUACUCCCUCCAGUCGUCCUGUCUUCUCCUUCACGACGACGGAGGAGAACAUCAACAAAAUCAAGGCCAAAUAUGGCGACAAUGUUAUUAUUGACAUCACCAAAUAA